UUAUGUACACACAUGUGAUUGUAAACCGGAUGUGCAAUAGUCGAGCUACGCAUGCUCACACGACGGUUCGGGGCUUACUUCCUUUUCCGCUAAAGCUUGCAAAAUGGCAAAGCGCACGAAGAAGGUCGGAAUCGUAGGAAAAUACGGAACCCGUUAUGGCGCUUCUUUGCGUAAAACCGUGAAAAAGAUGGAAAUCACUCAGCACAGUAAAUACACAUGCGGAUUCUGUGGCAAGGACUCCAUGAAAAGGCAAGCAGUAGGUAUCUGGGCUUGCACAAAGUGUCGCAAAGUUGUUGCUGGUGGAGCCUGGGUUUACAGCACUACAGCAGCAGCCACUGUGAGGAGUGCAGUUCGACGUCUUCGUGAUAUGAAAGAGUCUUAAAAUCUAAUAAACAAAUUGACCUGC